AUGCCCUUCCUAGGACAGGACUGGAGGUCCCCCGGGCAGAGCUGGGUGAAGACGGAGGAUGGAUGGAAGAGAUUUCUGGAUGAACACAGCAAUUACGUCAGCGACAUCAACAGCUAUUUCAAUGUGGAAAACAAUAAAGAGAAUCUCUUCAACAAUCUGAAUUAUGACAUUGCUGCUAAGAAGAGAAAGAAGGACCUUCUUAAUAACAACACAAAGACACAAUAUUUCUACCAAGAAAAGUGGAUCUAUGUGCACAAAGGAAGCACCAAGGAGCGCCAUGGAUAUUGCACUCUUGGUGAGGCUUUCAACCGAUUAGAUUUUUCCACUGCUAUCUUGGACACCCGGAAAUUCAACUAUGUUGUGAGGCUGCUAGAACUGAUAGCAAAGUCCCAGCUGACCUCGCUGAGUGGCAUUGCCCAGAAGAACUACAUGAAUAUACUGGAGAAAGUGGUUCAGAAAGUUCUGAAGGAUCAGCAGAACAUUCGUCUGAUAAAGGAACUGCUGCAGACCCUGUAUUCAUCAUUGUGCACACUGGUGCAGGGACAUGGCAAGUCUGUCUUGGUGGGAAACAUUAACUUCUGGGUUCCUAGGAUGGAGACCAUUCUAGACUGGCUGCAACAACUACACAACAUCCAGAUCACCAGGCCCGCUGUUAAGGGAAUGACCUUAACCGAUCUCCCCUUGUGUCUGCAAAUGAACAUCAUACAGAGGUUAACGGAUGGGAGGGACAUUGUCUGCUUGGGUCAAGUGUCUUCGGAUUUGCAAGUUCUCAGCGAGGACCGUCUGUUGUGGAAAAAGCUGUGCCACUAUCACUUUACAGAACGCCAGAUUCGUAAGAGGCUUAUCAUAUCUGAUAAGGGAACUCUGGACUGGAAGAAAAUGUAUUUCAAACUGGUGCGGUGCUACCCCAGGAGAGAACAAUAUGGAGACACUCUACAGUUCUGCCAACACUGUCACAUCCUGUCCUGGAGGGGUACAGAGCACCCUUGCACAGCAAACAAUCCAGAAAGCUGCUUGGUCUCCCUCUCCCCACAAGAUUUCAUCAACUUAUUUCGGUUCUGA